AAUGAGAAAGAGAAAAACAACCUAUAAUUCUGUAUGUAAUGGCGGCUACUCCGAGUCUCCGACGAAGUCAAAGUCAACUAUUCAGAGCUCAUACAUUUCCUCCUCCUUCUCCCCUCUUUUUAUCUAUCCACCGAUUUAGAAAGCUACGUAUUUGAAAUCGACCGGUCUCGUUUUUUCCCCUUUUUGAUCGGCCGAUCGCGGUAUCGGAAUUCCGGCGGCGGCGCGUGGAGUUUAGGGGGGAGGAGAGAUGUCGAAUUCAUACGGAGGCGAUUUCGGCAACAAAAUCGACUACGUAUUCAAAAUCGUACUGAUCGGCGAUUCGGCGGUGGGGAAAUCUCAGCUACUCGCUCGAUUCUCGAGGAAUGAGUUCAGUUUGGACUCAAAAGCCACAAUCGGAGUUGAAUUCCAGACGCGAACCACUACCAUCGAUCACAAAACCGUCAAAGCUCAGAUUUGGGAUACCGCCGGCCAAGAGAGAUAUAGAGCAGUGACAAGUGCGUAUUACAGAGGAGCUGUUGGGGCAAUGCUAGUUUACGAUAUCACGAAACGGCAAUCGUUCGAUCACGUAGCCAGGUGGCUGGAGGAAUUGCGUAGCCAUGCUGACAAGAAUAUUGUGAUUAUGCUUGUGGGCAACAAAUCCGACCUCGGAACUCUUCGAGCUGUAUCUACCGAAGAUGCUAAAGAUUUUGCGCAGAGGGAGAACCUUUUCUUUAUGGAAACAUCAGCACUUGAGGCCACAAAUGUUGAGCCGGCUUUUCUAACUAUUUUGACCGAAAUUUAUCGAGUUGUCAGCAAAAAAGCUCUCGUUGCAAAUGAAGCAGAGUCGGGAGGAAAUGAAUCCCUUUUGAAAGGGACUAAUAUUGUUGUUCCUGGACAAGAAUCGGUACCUUCCGGGAGCAAGUCCACCUGUUGUGGAUCUUCGUAGGUCUUUGUAAUGUUCCAUUUUUUUAAUUUUUUUUUUACAUUUUAAGGAAUUGUAAUUUUGGACGAACUGUUAUGUGUUAUGCAUUUAAUUGGUAUUGCAUCUUGUAUUUGGACACAACCCCAACAUUUAAAGGGUUAAAUAAUAAAUUCCACUUUGUACUGUCAA